CCGUGCCGGGGGCCCCUUUGGCGCUGCCGCGCCGGAAGUGUGCGCCGCCGCGGCGAGUCCCCCAAGAGCCGCUUCCGGCGCGGGAGCAGCAUGGCCGCCGUCCCGCCCGACUCCUGGCAGCCGCCCACCGUCUCCUUGGAGACCACGAUGGGCGCCAUCGUGCUGGAGCUCUACUGGAAGCACGCGCCCAAGACCUGCAAGAACUUCGCCGAGCUGGCGCGCCGCGGCUACUACAACGGCACCAAGUUCCACCGCGUCAUCAAGGACUUCAUGGUGCAGGGCGGCGACCCCACCGGCACCGGUAGAGGCGGCGCCUCCAUCUACGGGAAGCAGUUUGAGGAUGAGCUGCACCCGGAGCUGAAGUUCACAGGCGCCGGGAUCCUCGCCAUGGCCAACGCCGGGCCGGACACCAACGGCAGCCAGUUCUUCGUCACGCUGGCGCCCACGCAGUGGCUGGACGGGAAGCACACCAUCUUCGGGCGCGUGUGCCAGGGCAUCGGCAUCGUCAACCGCGUCGGCAUGGUGGAGACCAAUGCCCAGGACCGCCCCGUGGACGACGUGAAGAUCCUGAAGGCUUUUCCCUCGGGAUAGGAGGGCCGGGGGGUGCCGGGAGCAGAGCGCUCCGAGGGCAUCAGGGGCCAAAUUCCCUCCCCAAAAGGGGAAGCUCCUGCUGCUGGGCCGGUUCGGAGGAUCUCCGCGAGGAUGCUGCCAGGAGCCGGCUUUUUCUGGGAACGGGAAGAUGCCGCUGUCACCUGGAGCUUUCUCUGCCGUUAAAAGCGCUCUUGGAGCCGGGGGGGCUCUCGGCUUCUUUCCCGGGACUUGGCCAACGGCCAGCGGGAGCCUCCCGGCCGGAGCAGCAGCCUGGCAGCGGCCCCGGCUGCCGUUGGCGCCGUCCUCGGUGCUGGGGGCUCGGCCUCCAGCAGGAAAAUCCCCGCGGUGGCGGGGGGGGGUUGCCAGCGGAAAGCUUCUGGGUGCGUUUUGUAACAUUUGGGGUUUGAUAAUAAAAUAAAAUGAAAUAAAAACGA